AUGCAGCCCCCUCUGCCCUCCAUCACGCCGACCUGGCGCAACGAUACGUACGAUGCCAUCUCGCCCUCGCGCCCAGAGUUGAGCGCGGCGGGGAAGACUGUCAUCGUAGUAGGCGCGGGUAGUGGUAUCGGCCGAGAGACUGCCCUGGCCUUCGCCUCCGCCGGGGCAGCCCGAGUCAUUGUCCUGGGACGCACCAAGGCCACCAUAGCCGAGACAGCCGAGUCCCUGCCGCCGUCCGUCCAGAACGAAGUCCACGCCUUGGACAUCACGGAUGAGGAGGCCCUGACCAAGGUGGCGGCUACGGUCGGCCAGUGGGACGUCCUCGUCCUGACCGCGGGCUACGUAUCCAACCCGUCGCCCGUCGCGGGAUCGGCCAGCGAUGAGUGGUGGCAGAGCUUCGAGACAAACACCAAGGGGACGUACCUCGUGACCAAGGCGUUCCUCCCGACGGCCAACCCCUCCCACGCCACUGUCGUCGCCCUCACCACCGGCACGACGGCGCUGCCGGCCGUCGCGCUGCCCGGCCUGUCCGCGUAUAUGGCGUCCAAACUGGCGCAGACCAAGAUCAUCGAGUUCCUCGCAGCGGAAAACCCGAACGUCUUUGCCGCCACCCUCCACCCGGGUAUGGUCGAGACGGACAUCUUCAAGAAAAGCGGCGCAAAGGCCGAGGCCCUUCCAAUGGACAAAGUGCAACUCCCAGCCCACUUCACCGUCUGGCUGGCCAGUCCCGAGGCGGCGUUCCUGAACGGCCGUACUGUUUGGGCCAACUGGGACGUGGAAGAACUCAAGAACAGUGCCGGGGCUAUCCAAUCCGGUCAACUACUCACGAGUGGGAUCAACGGUUGGCCCUACACUAGCCUUGCAUAA